AGAGGAGGAGCAGGAAGGCAGAGGAGGAGGAGUCUGACCUGAACUUCUACCCAAGAGCUCUCAGUUUCAACAAAGCGUCUCUCUGCUACUGAAAAACAAGAUCAAAAAGGAGAUUUUUACCAGCUGAUAAGUUCGCCAGGAUGAACACAGCCCGGCUGAUCUGUGUAGCGGGGACCUUGAGACGACCUCCUCCUCUGCCUUCAUCUGUUUCCUCUUCCUUCUCAGUCCAGAGGAGCCUACAGUCCACUCAGCCUGUCCCCGCUGCCAGGCUCCCAUACAGGGUGAAGCUGUCUGCUGGGAAACGCUAUGCCUGGUGUGCUUGUGGGCACAGCAAGAGACAGCCUUUCUGCGACGGAGCUCACCGAUCAAAAGCACCAAAUAUAUCUCCUCUCCUUUUUACCUCCGACAAAGACAAGGCGGUGAUGCUCUGUGCCUGUAAGCAAACCAAAAGCUCCCCGUACUGCGAUGGAUCGCACUUCAAGGUUAUCAUUAGGGAUACGGUGAAGUAUGUAAAACGUCUGUUUAAAUGAUCUGCUUUACCUCAGCACAAUCAUGCUGUCUGACAUUGUGUCACUGGUAAAUAAUAUUUGAUAAAAUAAAAAAUGCUGCCUGUCUUUA